GCUGAAACUGCUAACGCCAUCUUGAAGAGAGUGUGCUGUGCCUCGGGACGUCAUAUUUUUAUCUCCCGACAUCAACAUUGGUGUUGGAUUGAAUUCCAUUUUUUCUGGUUUUAUACCCAUCUGGACGGACCAAGAAAUAAGGUUCGUUCCACGGGUCUGUUUUAUCUAAAUGGUUGCCUGGAGACAGAAUGUCUACUUUGCCUGGGAUUCCGUUGAAGGGGGAGAGAGGAAAGACAAAGUACCAGUUACGAGACAUAAAUAGUUUGUACAGGGGAGAAUCAUUGGAACCACAUCAGCAGAAAAGCACAUUACCCCGCAAACAUGGCAUGCAAAGUUUGGGAAAAGUCCCCUCUGCACGACGUCCUCCAGCUAAUUUACCAAGCUUGAAAUCUGAACAUAGUGGCAACGACCCUGCAAUAAGCCUAGUUCCUAGUGGUGGCACAGGAUGGGGCAGCAAACCAGGAGAAACCGGCCAAGCACCGACUGCUCCACAAUCAAAUGCAGUUCCAGUCACAUCUACGUCACCUCAGACAUGUGCUGCAUCAACGUCAGUAACAACUGUAACAAGUGUCACGAGUGCAACACCACCAAAUGUGACGACAUCUCCAGCACCAAGGCCAGCAGUACCUUCACAGCCCAUAGUACACACAGACAAAUCAUGGAGCAGCAUUAUGGCAGGAAAUGCAGAAAGCAAUGUACAUCCUCCAAGCUUUCUUGCUCAUCAGUCACCUCAGUUUCAACAAGAAUUUCCCAAGUUGUCCAGUGGCGAAGGUCAACCCACUGCAGUUGCAAAAGGAGCAUCCGAUACACAGUAUGGUCCAGGACCCAGUUUGCGACCUCAAACGGAAGGAAGCUGGAUCCAAGGAGGGAGCCGGAAAUCUGGCCCGCCAUCAGCCCAGAUCCCAAGUGGCGGGGCAGCAAGUGGUGCUCUCCAGGCUGCUGCUGUCCUGGGCCCCCUAGUUCAUGUACCAUCCCAAGGGAUGGAGGAUGGGAUGCCAAGGAGCAGCUUGGGCCCCUGUGCUGCCCUGGGUGGGGGCUUGGCCCCGGGAGGCCCUGGAGGCUCAGGAGGAAGCACACCUGCUGGAGGUGGUGUCAUGCCACUGCACAUGGCAACCUUCAGACCUCUGAACCCAUCUUUUUUGUUCCGAGGUAAUUUCUCGGGCUUCAGACCGAAUUUACAGCGGCCACAUUUCAUGCUUCCUUCAGAUUCUAGAUUCAUGUCACCUUCAACACGUUCGACGUCAAGUGUUGAUGAUGAGGUGAUUACUAGACCAAUAAUAAAGGAAGAGGAUUUCAGCAAAAUGGAUGAUAUUGCUCGUGAUGCGGGUUGGGCGGCACACGAUGAUAUUGAUUACAAUCAGAAACUGGCAUUCAGUGACGAUGAAAGUACAAUGGAUGAUGAUGGAAAAGAUGGGAAACAUGGUAGCAAAGAGGAGAAAAAACAGUCGGAAGUGGAUGGCGAUUCUGAUAGAGCCCGUACUGAUCAGCGUGAUAAAGAGGAGACAGGAUCUCUAGAACGAAAGGAUGACAAAGAAAAGCGUCUGGAUAGAGGACCUCUAGAGCAGAGGCCAUGGCAUCAAACUCAUGCUGUGCCAGUAGAGUACAGAACCCAUUCUGGAUCUUCAGUGUCAGGUUCAGGUUCUACAAUUGGCAGCUUCCAUAUCUCAGUGAUGCGAACAGGUCCUCAUCCAGUUGCAGGACCAGGACCUCGAGCAGUUGAGGAUGAAGAAAUAUGGCAUGAGAGAAGACGUCAGCAUUGUGCCGAUGUUGCACUGGCUGUUGUGCGUGCCAGGCAGCGCAAGGAAGAAGAAGAACAGCGUUACCAAAAGACUAAACAGGGUGCAGCUUUAAAGUUACAACAAUUGGAAGAGAAAAUAGGACGGAAAGCUUCAUUGGAGAAUAAAGAAAAUAAGGAGAAGUUUGACGAUAGCCACAAUCGUGCAUCAAGAGUGGACUGGGAAAAGGAUCAUGAGAACGAGAAAUGUAGGGAUAGAGACAGAUCUAGAACUAGCAGUGAAGGUCGCGAUGAAAAAUUGCCCAAUGACCUAAGAUCACUGCAACAGGUUGGAGAACGUGUAGUUCGUGGUGACCGUGAAAAGGAACGUGAACGUGAACUACGCAGUGAGAGAGAACGUGAUUGGGAUAUACGUGCUGAUAGAUUCAAAGACGGUCGUAAUUAUAGAGACAGACAUGAUCAGCCAACAUUUUCGAGUGACUUCCAACAUAACCUUCCUCCAAGAUUCCAGAAGCAACAAGCAGAACGCUCCUACUUGUCACGUAUAGGAGCAGGAGGGCCACCUAACUUGCCAUUAAGUGGCACUUCUGGCUCUCUGUCUCAAGGGACUUCAGUUUCACAAGGACUCACAAGUGCACAAUCGUUUGACCCUCGCUGGAAUGGAUCUGCAGCUCAUGUUGGUUCUUUUAAUUUCGCAGGGUCAUUGCCUGGUAGUGGAGGUCUGAAGAGCAGCCAUCAUCCACACAGACGUGUACACGGUGAGACUGACAUGUCAACUUCUGAUAGAGAAUGGGAAGGAGACCAUGAUCGAGAAAGAGAGCGUGAUUGGGAGCGAGAGAGAGAACGUGAAAGGGAACGUGAAAGAGAGAGGGAAAGGGAGAGGAAUCGUGAUCGUGAAAGUGCACCAGAUCGUGAACACAGCAGGGAAUGGGACAGGAAACAGGAUCAGGAACGUGAUAAUGAAAGAGAGAGAGACCGUGAUCGUUAA